AUGGUCGUUCACAUCCUAGGUAAAGCGAUCAAGGGGAAAUACAGAAUCAACUUUGGUCUAUCCAAGUCGUUCUAUGGUAUUGGUUUGAACACGGCAACAAAGAUCUGCUCGAGGUUGGGGUUCUAUCCCGACAUGCGGAUGCACCAACUAACCGAACAACAAACAAUGUCCAUCACCAAGGAGCUCUCUGAGAUGGACAUUGACUCCAAGUUGCUCUCGCAAAUCAGGGCCAACAUCAAGAUGAAGAGAGAAAUUGGAUCGUACGCAGGUAUGAGACAUUCUAUGGGAUUGCCGGUGAGAGGUCAAAGAACAAAGACCAAUGCAAAGACUGCAAGAAAGUUGAACAGAAUCGAAAGAAAAAUGUGA